AUGUUAGAAUCUGCUAUAAAAUUCAAUAAGGCUUUUGAGAAUUUGGAAGCAGAUGGGAACUACACAAACUACUUUGAUGAAGAAAGAAUGGAUGGCCCAUCAACCAACCCAGACUGGGAAAAAGCAGUUGUAUUUGUCGACUUUUUAAGGAGAUUCUAUGAUCUUACUAAUCGAUUUAGUGGGUCAUUAUAUGUCACAUCCAAUCUAUUCCUUCCAGAUAUUUUGAAGGUUCAAGCUGAUUUAACUACUAUGGCUUCUAAUCUUGAUACUUUGUUAGGGGCUAUGGCAGUCAGUAUGAAACGAAAGUAUGACAAGUACUGGGGAAGGAUUGAGAAGUUGAAUAUGUUGACAUUUAUUGCCAAUAUCCUUGAUCCAAGGUAUAAAUUAGAGGUUGUGAAUCGUGGUUUCAAAUUUGUGUACACUUCAAGUGAGGCUGAAAAAAUGAUAAAGUUGGUGACAAAUACUUUGGCACAGCUAUAUGCUUUUUAUAAACAUCAACAACCAUCUCAGUCAUCUCAAGCUCAACCAUCUCAAUCUCAGUCUCAGCCAUCUCAGCCUGUUAUCAAUUCCACUACAGAAUCAUUUCUUAAAGGGCAACUACAACUUAGUGAUGACAUUGAAGAAGAUGAUCUUGAAUACUACUUGAGUGAUCAUCGUGAGAAACUUGAUCCUACCUUUGAUAUUCUACGAUGGUGGAAACAGAAUGGAUUCAAGUAUCCAAUAGUUGCGCGCAUGGCAAAAGAUGUAUUGGCUGUUCAUAUGUCUACAGUAGCAUCUGAAUCAGCUUUUUCUACUGGGGGAAGAAUCCUAGAUUCAUUUAGGAGUUCCUUAUCCCCGAGGAUGGUGGAGGCUUUGAUUUGUUCUAAAAAUUGGUAUACUUGUGAGCCUAAAGUGCCUGUUGUGCUUCGACAAUACAUGGAUGAGAUUGAUGGUGAUGGCUCGUGUAUUACCUAUGUACCUGAGAAUCUUGGCAGUGGGUCUGGGAGUGGGACCGAUAAGAACAAUUGA